AUGGCGGCGCCCAUGGUGAUGCGAGUCGGGUGCCGCCGUGUCGCGGGUCUUUGCGGGGGCCUCUCCCGGCGGAUCCAUCACCAGCCGCAGCGGGCUCCGGGCGCCAAGGGGCUGCUGGCGGCGCAGUGCGAGCGGGGCCUGUUCCAGGAGGUGUUCCCGGCGCAGGGCGCGGAGGAAGGGCUGCCCGCCCUGCUGGAGCCGGGCCAGCCCCCGCAGACCGUUUACUGCGGCUUCGACGCUACGGCCGACUCGCUGCACGUCGGCCACCUGCUAACCGUCAUGGGCCUGCUGCACUUUCAGCGCGCGGGGCACAACGUCAUCGCCCUGGUAGGCGGGGCCACCGCCCGCCUGGGCGACCCGAGCGGCCGCACCAAGGAGCGCGAGCCGCUGUCGGAGGAGCUCGCGCGGGAGCACGCGCUGGGCCUGCGCGAGGGGCUGCGGAGGCUCUUCGACAACCACCGCCUGGUGUUCUGGCCCGCGGCGAGCGGCGCGCGGUUGGGCGAGGUGAUGCUGCAGGACAACACGUGGUGGCUGGGGCGCGAGCCGGUGGUGGGCUUCCUGUGCGGGGUCGGGGGGCGCCUGCGCAUGGGCACCCUGCUCAGCAGGCAGAGCUGCCAGGCUCGGCUCCGCAGCGCCGAGGGCAUGAGCCUGGCUGAGUUCCUCUACCCGGCCCUGCAGGCCUACGACUUCCUGCACCUGCACCGACACCACGGCUGUCGCAUCCAGCUCGGGGGAGCCGACCAGAUUGGCAACAUCAUGUCCGGAUAUGAGCUUGUCACCAAAGUGACGGGAGAUGAUGUGUUUGGAAUCACCGUGCCUCUUAUUACCAGUACCACUGGAGAUAAAUUGGGAAAAUCUGCUGGUAAUGCAGUUUGGCUAAACAGAGAUAAGACCUCUCCAUUUGAGCUGUAUCAGUUUUUUGUUAGACAGCCAGAUAGCACUGUUGAAAGGUACCUGAAACUCUUCACUUUCCUUCCUCUUCCGGAGAUUGAGCACAUGAUGGAAAUGCAUGCUAAAGAACCUGAAAAGCGGGGACCUCAAAAACGACUUGCUGCAGAAGUAACUAAGCUUGUUCAUGGAAAAGAAGGUCUGGAAUCUGCUAAAAGAUGUACAAAAGCACUGUAUUACAGCAGUGUGGAGGCACUGGAGGCUAUGUCUGAUCAAGAAUUACAGGAACUCUUCAGAGAAGCUCCAUUUGCUGAAUUGAUGCUUGAACCUGGAAUGAGUGUACUUGACCUGUGUCACAAAGCAAAUGCCAUUCCAGAUGGACCUAGUGGGUACCGGAAGAUUACAGAUGGUGGAGUCUCUAUAAACUACAUUCAAGUAACUAAUCCUGAAACUGUUCUUGUUAUUGGGCAACAUAUCCUCAAGAAUGGAGUGUCACUACUUAGGAUUGGAAAGAAAAACUUCUACAUUAUAAAAUGGCUGACAUUGUGACAAAAGGAAAUACCUAAUUAAAGUAAGAUACACCUUCACACUAAAUUUCCCAAAGCCUCUAUCUUACCUUGUCCUUUCUAUAUUGUGUAUAUUGCACAUCUCAAGAACAGCACAACAAGAGCGUACUGUUUGUCUCAUUCUUCUCACAGUGAGAGAUUCUACCUAAUACACCUGGUUCAAAUAAAAGCAGCUAAAUUUAUGAA